UAUAUCCCCCCUCGUGGAAAAAAUAUAAAUAAGAAGGUUGGUUUAAGAUACAUAUUUCCUUCUCCACGGAAUGAAAUAUACUGUAGUAAUAUAGCAAUAUGCGAUUUUUAGUGUAUCACCUCUUUGAAGUGGUGCACUAAUUCAGAAGCAGUUCCCCCGAUUUUAGACAUAUGCUACUCGUUUGUGGCACAGACUUCGGAGAGAACAGCAUUAUUGCACUUUACUUUGGUUCUACAUUUUAGCUGAAGGAAAUGUUCAGCGGGUAGAACUCGCAUAAGUAGCUUCUUAAAUACUUCAAAUUAACAAAAAAAAAAGCGACUCGGGUAAAACAAUGCACUUUUACAAACACAAACGUCCAAAAGCCACACCAGCAAAUAUUGUUGACCGGUAACUACUUGUCUUUCAUUCCUUGUAAAGCGUGAUGAGAUGAAUGACAGUGUGCCUCGGCUGUAGAGUGCUGACAAAUGCAUCGGUUAGUGAUUGUCUCGGCCUCAGCUUCAUUGUGGCAGCUCCCUUUCCCUGCGAGCAUUGCUGCAAUGGCUUUUAGCUAUUUAUCGAGUCCAGCUGGAGAGAAAGGGUCGUUGGCUGGCUUUUUUUGUAACCCCUCAGAUUAAAUCCUCCAUCAUUGGCUGAGCAACCACGACUGCUUACAGUGAGAAGGGAUUGAGCUGCUCAAGCCCUAAAACCAGGGGAUGCAGCAGUUCAAAUGGAGUGGAAAAUGACCAGUGGAGGCAUGAUACAUUUACACAUUACUUUCCUUCCGCCCCUUCUUAAUUACCCGUAAUCUGCUUUUGCCUACACUCCUGGGACGCCAUACAGUAAAAAGAUGUCCCCAGCCAUGCUGCACCUGAUAAUAUGUUUAAUGUCAGAUUAAGUCAGACGGGAACUAGUUGGUGGGUGGGGGACUUGUGUGACUCCAGUUCGGCGCAGUAGAAAAGUCUGUGUCAGGACUUCCCAACCCCCUUCGUUUCACUAGCCCCCUUCCAAGAGGCACAUUGAGCUGAACGAGGCGACGCACAAGUCGCUGUGCUGCUUUUUGUUCUGUCUUGUUUACUAGCUGUUUGUUUCCUUGUCUCAAGUCAUUAUCAGAGUAUUAUCAAGAAGAUCUGAAAUGGAAGGGGCUGGAGCUGUGCCGUGCCAGAGGCCAGAAUGUCAUCAGGGGAGAUGCAAAUGAGGUCGACAUCAGCAGCAGCAAAGGAGCCAGGGAGGCGGAGGGUUGCAGUCCUGGUCUGAAUCGGGCACUGUUGAGCUUCAUCUGUACUAGAAUUACCCGGUGUUGUUGGCUACAGACAAGGGGGCCGGUACUGUUUUUUCUCCCCUUUGCAAUCUGUUCUGCAAUGGUUAACUGUGAUGGAGAUCCCGGUGCACAGUAGCUGGGAAUGUCGCAUUGAGAAGCCAGAGGUAGUGGGUGCCUGUUGAAGCAGCGCAAGGGGCAGUGGGUACCGUGGGUCCCCUCUGAGAGAGGCACGCGAAGCAUGACUCCCGGCUGCUGCUACGGCAACGGCGGCGGCGGUGAGGCGACUCUCCCUCCCACUUCCUGCUCUGUGUGUAGCGAGCUUCGGUGGACUCCAUUGCGCCGUGUAGUCCCUUCUCCAAGCCUUUGACUCUACAGUCACGUAUUCUCCCCUUCUCGGAACUGUGCCCAAAUCGUUUUACACAGAUGGGAAAAUCCGUAACGAACGAGGAAUGAAACUCGGUGAUACAGACUGCUGGCUUCAGUGAAGCUGGACUUUCAUAACUGGAUUUGUUAAGGAAUAAAAGCAGCUUAUUCAAAUAUACUGUGCAAUGAUGCCGACAUUUGGUUGUCUCCUGAAGACCAUUGUGUUGUUGCUGUUCUUGCUCUUCAUUUUGCAGUAUGUAAAAGGUUUCAGUCGUGCAGCACUGCCAUUUGGUUUAGUACGGAGAGAACUAUCUUGUGAAGGAUAUCCCAUAGACCUAAGAUGUCCAGGAAGUGAUGUCAUAAUGAUUGAAAGUGCCAAUUAUGGACGUACAGAUGAUAAAAUCUGUGAUGCUGAAACAUUUCAGAUGGAAAACACUGACUGCUAUCUACCAGAUGCUUAUAAAAUUAUGUCACAGAGGUGUAACAAUCGAACUCAGUGCGUAGUAGUUACUGGGUCAGAAGUGUUUCCAGACCCUUGUCCUGGGACGUUCAAAUACCUUGAGGUCCAGUAUGAAUGUGUUCCAUACAAAGUGGAACAAAAAGUUUUUAUUUGCCCGGGAACUCUGAAGGCAGUUGUGGAGUCAUCAUAUAUAUUUGAAGCUGAACAACAAGCGGGCGCUUGGUGUAAAGACCCUCUUCAGGCAGCAGACAAAAUUUAUUUUAUGCCAUGGACCCCUUACCGCACUGACACUUUGAUAGAGUUUGCCUCACUUGAUGACUUUAGAAACAGCCAACAAACUACUACAUACAAACUUCCCAAUCGAGUGGAUGGCACUGGGUUUGUUGUUUAUGAUGGUGCUGUGUUUUUCAAUAAAGAAAGGACCAGAAAUAUUGUAAAAUUUGACUUGAGGACUAGAAUCAAAAGUGGUGAGGCUAUUAUUAACAAUGCCAACUACCACGACACCUCACCAUAUAGAUGGGGUGGCAAGACUGACAUAGACUUAGCAGUAGACGAAAAUGGUUUAUGGGUGAUUUAUGCCACAGAACAAAAUAAUGGAAUGAUAGUGAUCAGCCAACUCAAUCCAUACACAUUGAGAUUUGAAGCUACAUGGGAUACAGAGUACGAUAAGCGAUCUGCAUCGAAUGCAUUCAUGAUCUGUGGAGUACUGUACGUAGUGAGAUCAAUUUACGAAGACAGCGAGAGUGAAACUGGAAAGAACUCUGUUGAUUACAUUUAUAACACAAUGCUGGUUAAAGGAGAAUAUGUUGAAAUUCCAUUUCCAAACCGAUAUAUGUACAUUGCUUCUGUAGACUACAACCCUAGAGAUAACCAGCUGUAUGUGUGGAAUAAUAACUACAUCUUGAGGUAUUCUCUAGAAUUUGGCCCACCUGACCCUGGCCAAGUUCCAACCACCACUACAGCAGUUACUUCCCAAGCUGAACCGAUCAGAACCACCUUACCGUCAACAACUGCAUCACAGAGAGCCCUCAUCAGUACUACCAUGGUAACGAGAGAAAAUAAUCGAGGCCUCAGACCUCCACCAUCAAUUUCUCCUACUAAAGCUCCAACUCCCACAAGCUUUUUUCCUUUGCCUGAGAGGUUUUGUGAAGAGACUGAAGCCAGGGGGAUCAGCUGGCCUCAGACACAAAGGGGCAUGGUUGUGGAACGCCCAUGCCCUAAGGGGACUCGAGGUACUGCUUCAUUUGUCUGCAUGAUUGCCACUGGAACCUGGAACCCUAAGGGACCAGACCUCAGUAACUGUACCUCGCACUGGGUGAAUCAACUUGCCCAGAAGAUCAGAAGUGGAGAAAAUGCAGCUAAUCUUGCCAAUGAGCUGGCAAAGCAUACCAAAGGGCCAAUUUUUGCUGGUGAUGUGACCUCGUCUGUCAGGUUAAUGGAACAGUUAGUUGAUAUCCUCGAUGCUCAGCUUCAGGACCUACGACCAAGUGAAAAGGACACUGCCGGUCGGAGUUUCAACAAGUUCCAAAAACGUGAGCGGACAUGCAGAGCAUACAUUAAGGCAAUCAUUGAUACAGUUGGCAACCUGCUGAGGCUAGAAGCUCUACAGUCCUGGAAAGACAUGAAUUCAACAGAGCAAACACAUACAGCAACAAUGUUACUUGAUACCUUAGAAGAAGGUGCCUUUGUCCUUGCUGAUAAUCUGAAAGAGCCCAGUCGAGUCACAGUGCCCACAGACAAUAUAAUUUUAGAGGUUGCUGUUCUUAGUACAGAUGGCCAGGUGCAAGACUUUAAAUUUCCCCAGGGCAGUACUACAGGAAACUCAAUCCAGCUUUCUGCCAGCACCGUCAAACAGAACAGCCGAAAUGGUAUUACAAAGCUGGUGUUUAUUUUGUAUGAAAACUUGGGUCAGUUCCUUAGUACCGAGAAUGCAACAAUAAAACUCGCAGGUGACCUCAGUGCCCGGAACAGCACCAUUGCUGUGAAUUCCCAUGUCAUUUCAGCUUCAAUCAACAAAGAAUCAAGCCGUGUCUACCUUACUGAUCCUGUGGUGUUCACUCUGAAACAUCUCAAUCCUAUCAACUAUUACAAUGCAAACUGCACAUUUUGGAAUUACUCUGAAAGAUCCAUGAUGGGGUAUUGGUCAACUCAGGGAUGCAGACUUGUUGAUACAAACAAAACUCACACAACCUGUGCAUGCAGCCACCUUACCAAUUUUGCAAUUCUCAUGGCACACAGAGAAGUUGUGUAUAAAGAUCGAGUGCAUGAGAUUCUGCUUACUGUCAUCACUUGGGUGGGAAUUGUUAUUUCCCUGGUCUGCCUGGCCAUCUGCAUCUUCACGUUUUGCUUCUUCCGAGGACUGCAGAGUGAUCGCAAUACCAUCCAUAAGAAUCUCUGCAUCAAUCUUUUCAUUGCAGAGUUCAUUUUCUUAAUUGGCAUCGAUAAGACAGAGUAUGAGAUUAUUUGUCCUAUAUAUGGAGGUCUGUUGCACUUUUUCUUUCUUGCGGCCUUUGCCUGGAUGUGCAUGGAGGGAGUUCAGCUCUACAUCCUGCUGAUAGAAGUUUUUGAAAGUGAAUAUUCAAGGAAGAAAUACUACUAUGUUGUUGGCUACCUUUUCCCUGCUAUUGUGGUGGGAGUCUCCGCAGCCAUUGACUACAAGAGCUACCGAACUGAAAAAGCGUGCUGGCUGCGGGCCGACAACAAUUUUAUAUGGAGUUUUAUUGGUCCUGUUACAUUUAUCAUUAUGCUGAACCUUAUCUUUCUGGUGAUCACAAUGGUUAAAAUGGCAAAGCAUUCGACCACUUUGAAACCAGACUCCAGCAGGUUGGAAAACAUUAAUAAUGUCCAUGUUUGCGAUGGCUACUAUAACACAGACUUGCCCGGCUAUGAAGAUAAUAAGCCAUUUAUCAAGUCCUGGGUCAUUGGUGCUUUUGGUCUUCUUUGUCUCCUUGGCCUAACUUGGUCAUUUGGACUGCUUUUCAUUAAUGAAGAAUCGGUUGUGAUGGCAUACCUGUUCACAGUAUUCAAUGCUUUCCAAGGGAUGUUUAUUUUCAUAUUCCACUGUGUUCUUCAAAAGAAAGUUCGCAAAGAAUACAGCAAAUGCUUCCGACAUUCAUAUUGUUGUGGUGGACUGCCAACUGAGAGCUCCCACAGCUCUGUGAAAACAUCAACAUCGAGAACAAAUGCCCGCUAUUCCUCUGCUACUCAGAGUCGAAUAAGAAGGAUGUGGAAUGACACAGUGCGAAAACAGUCCGAGUCUUCGUUUAUCUCUGGUGACAUCAACAGUACAUCUACACUUAAUCAAGGAAUGACUGCCAAUUACCUACUAACAAAUCCUCUCCUACGACCCCAUGGCACUAACAAUCCCUAUAACACGUUACUUGCAGAAACAGUUGUAUGUAACACCCCUUCGGCUCCUGUGUUUAACUCACCAGCGACCUACAGAGAGACAAGACACUCACUGAACAAUGCCAGGGAUACAAGUGCAAUGGAUACGCUACCUCUAAAUGGUAACUUUAACAACAGCUACUCACUUCGUAAUGGCGAUUACUCUGACAAUGUGCCGGUUAUGGACUGUGGACUAAGUCUCGAUGAUGCUGCAUUUGAAAAAAUGAUAAUCUCUGAACUAGUGCACAACAAUCUCCGUGGCAACAGUAAGAACCAUAAUAUUGAAAGGACUCUCCCCACAAAAGUUAUGGUUGGUGGAAGCAGCAGUGAAGAUGAUGCAAUUGUUGCAGAUGCUUCAUCUUUGAUACACAGUGACAAUCAUGGAUUAGAGCUUCAGCAUAAAGAGCUUGAAGCUCCACUGAUUCCCCAACGGACUCACUCACUAUUAUACCAUCCCCAGAAGAAAGUAAAAACUGAAGGCACAGACAGCUAUGUUUCACAGCUGACAGCUGAAGCAGAGGACAACUUACAGUCCCCAAACAGAGACUCGCUUUACACGAGCAUGCCAAACUUAAGAGACUCUCCUUAUCCAGAGAGCAGCCCGGAUGUAGAAGAAGAUCUUUCUCCUUCAAGAAAGAGUGAAAUUGAUGAUCUGUACUACAAAAGUAUGCCCAAUCUUGGAGCGGGUCACCAACUUCAGAUGUACUAUCAAAUUAGUAGGGGAAAUAGUGAUGGAUACAUUAUUCCUAUUAACAAAGAAGGGUGCAUUCCUGAAGGAGAUAUAAGGGAAGGACAAAUGCAACUUGUAACAAGCCUUUAGAACUGUGGGUGCUGGACAUUGGGGCCUGAAACAGGUACUACAAGACUUUAAUGAGGCCUCUUUCAGGUACUUUCACAUUGUACCUGAACAAAUAGUGUCUCUGGUGUUCAGCAAAACAUUUUGGACUUCGUGAUGCUAUGAUUUUUUUAAGAACUUUGUAUAUAUUCACAGAGUCUACUGAAAUUAUUUGCUACUAAAGAAAGAAAUACCAACAAUGUAUUUCAGAAUGUUCUGCUGCUGGCUUUUAGAUUAUGGCAGGAGAAACUUCUGCCUGUCCUUUAAAGCGGCUUCCAAGAAGAGUUGUAAAUAUGGCUGCACCAUUUUGUGGGCUUGCAUUGUAUUAUAUACAAGAUGCAAGCCACAGAUUCCUGUGGGACAGAUGUAUCCUAACUUAAUGCUCUGAGGCUUUAUGCAGGAAAUAUUUUUCUGCAUCAUUUUGCAGUUUGCUGCAAUGUUUUUCCCACUAAGACAAAAAAAAAAUGUGUCUAACCACUAGCAAUCAAGCCACAGGCCUUAUUUCAUAUAUUUCCUCAACUGUACAAAACUAUUCUCAUGAAAAUGGCUAAAGAAAAUAUAUUUUGUUCUAUUGCUAGUGUAAAAUAAAUUUGUGUCAAAACUGCAAUAUAACUGACAUUAAAAAAUAAUUUUAAUGAGUUUGAGAAAAUAUUGUGAAAAGCUCCUGGUUGCACAUAUGUUACAAAUUUUUUUCUUACACUUUUUUCAUAGUAGUAUGUUUUAAAAUACAAGUUUUAUUCAUUGCCACUCCUCUGUUCAACCACUGUAAACAGUGUUUUGCUUAAAAAAAUACAAUUUUGUCUUUUUUAAGUUAAAUUACUUAAUUGCCAAAUGAAUUUUUCUUUAGUAUGUUGGGGAAAUCCCAACCUGUAGCCAGUUUUGCUAUGCCUUGCACAAAGAUGGUGGCACCUAGAAAUCAUUAUUAUUACGUGACAUGAUGGCAUAUAAUGGACACUUGCCACAAACUGUCCAGCAAAACCAAUAAAUGUCUAUUUAGACAUAAAUACUUUACUUCUGUGUUCUUUCUGCUGAAGUUUAGAAUUUAAUUUAUUUUAUGGUAAUAAAGUUUUAAUGAUGUGUACAAUUGUUACCACCAAUUUAAGCCUGUUUCAUUCUUUUUUGUAAAUCUGUUAAUACUGAGCCAGUCACUAAUACCUGAUGUAAAGUUUAACACCUGUUUGACAGUAAAUAAAUGUGACAUUUUUUCAAUUAA